GGCGGUGCCCAUCUGGGCCUCGAAGGCGGAAGCGAGCGGGCGCGGUGAUGGCGGCGGCAGGCGUGGGGCAGCAGUGGGUGCUGGUGGAGAUGGUGCAGGCCUUCUAUGAGGCCCCUACUUACCACCUCAUUUUAGAAGGAAUUCUAAUUCUAUGGAUAAUCAGACUUCUUUUCUCCAAGACAUACAAGCUUCAAGAGCGAUCUGAUCUAACAGCUAAGGAAAAGGAAGAGUUGAUCGAAGAAUGGCAGCCAGAGCCCCUUGUACCUCCUGUGCCAAAAGAUCACCCAGCUCUGAACUACAACAUUGUUUCAGGUCCUCCCACCCAUAUAAUCACUGUUAAUGGCAAGGAGUGUAUAAACUUUUCAUCUUUUAACUUUCUUGGGCUUUUGGAUAAUGAAAAGGUUAAGAGUGCAGCCCAGGCAUCUCUGAAGAAAUAUGGUGUUGGCACUUGUGGACCUCGAGGAUUCUAUGGUACUUUUGAUGUGCAUUUGGAAUUAGAAGAACGACUAGCAAAAUUCAUGAGGACUGAGGAAGCGAUUAUAUACUCAUAUGGAUUUGCAACAAUUGCUAGUGCUAUUCCUGCAUAUUCGAAAAGAGGGGACAUUGUGUUUGUAGAUGAAGCUGCCUGCUUUGCUAUUCAGAAGGGAUUACAAGCAUCUCGUAGCAACAUAAAGUUAUUUAAGCAUAAUGAUAUGGCUGACCUUGAACGACUAUUGAAAGAACAAGAAACUGAAGAUCAAAAGAAUCCUCGCAAGGCUCGUGUAACUCGAAGGUUUAUUGUAGUGGAAGGAUUGUAUAUGAACACAGGAGAUGUUUGCCCUCUUCCAGAAUUGAUAAAAUUGAAGUAUAAAUACAAAGUUAGAAUAUUUUUGGAGGAGAGCCUUUCCUUUGGAGUUCUAGGAGAACAUGGAAGAGGAAUUACUGAACACUUUGGAAUAAAUAUUGAUGAUAUAGAUCUUAUUAGUGCGAACAUGGAAAAUUCACUGGCUUCUAUUGGAGGAUUUUGCUGUGGAAGAUCUUUUAUUAUUGACCAUCAGCGAUUAUCUGGUCAAGGCUACUGUUUUUCUGCAUCCUUACCUCCUUUGUUAGCUGCUGCUGCUAUUGAGGCUCUGAAUAUUAUGGAAGAUAAUCCAGAUAUUUUUCAGACUCUCCGGGCUAAAUGUGAACGAAUUCACAAAGCUUUACAGGGGAUUUCAGGCUUGAAAGUAGUGGGAGAAUCUUUUUCUCCAGCAUUGCACCUACAGCUGAAAGAGAGCUGUGGAUCUCGAGAAGAUGAUGUGAAGUUACUUAAAAGAGUUGUAGAUUAUUGCAUGAACAGUGGUAUUGCGUUAACUCAGGCUCGCUAUCUGGAGAAAGAAGAAAAAUGUCUUCCUCCACCCAGUAUUCGAGUAGUGAUAACAGUGGAACAAACAGAAGAAGAACUGGACAAAGCUGCAUCACUUCUGAAGGAAGCUGCACAGUCUGUAUUGAAUUAGACUGGUAUUUUGCAUUUGUCUUUCUCCAAAUUAUCAGGAUAAAUGUUCCACACUGUAUAGUGACAUCGCUUCAGAUAUUCAAGUUCUUCCACUGAUGGCAUUGAAACUGAGUAACAAGUUUAUUCCAGAAUGGUUUAAAUGCAGUGAGGGGAAGAAUGGUGAAUUCUGGAACUGCUUAAUGACAAGGUGUACUUGCAACUCAGACUCUACCAUUUACAAGAAUUCCUUUAAAUUGCAUUGAGAACACUUUCAUGGGCUGCACCUUAACGUUUUAAGUUUACCUCUUCAAACACUGAAACAUUUUCAAAAACUUACAGGAACAUUCCGUUUUCCCUAAAAACGCCUAAAAUAUAUCAUUUUCUCUGCAUGUUCUCAGAAUAUAGGAACUCAAAAUAAAUGUCAAGGAAUUACACCUCAAAUGAAGAUAGUGCCAAAAAGGAGAGAAUAACCCAUUAAGGAAGAAUUUUGUGUUAUGUUACAUUUAUUAUUGGCUUAAAGAAGGAAUUUAAAUUCUAUUUUGUUGCAACUUUCUCUAACCAUUUUUGGAAGCUAGUUUUUAAGACUGCCUGGUCAGAGAAUUCAGUAUCUAAGUGGUAAACUCAUAUUAAAUAUUAUUUUGCUUCCUAUAUUUCUUAUGCAUACUUGAUAUAAUGGGUAAGGUUUCUCAUAUUAUUAACUUUAAAACAUCUGAACAGAAACAUGAAUUUUGAAACUGCUGUGAUUACAUUACAGUAUGUUCAGUCAGGGGGGGCUUAGCACCAGUCUUGAAGAGGAGUCAUAAGCCAUGUGAAGGGUGAACCAAAGUUUUGAAACAGCAGCUAACUUCACUCAGACUACUCUGAAGCACUAAAAUUGUGUGUGCUAAGUUUUCUCUCUAAACUGUGAUACAUUAGAGGGGAAGAUUCAGAGAUAGCUAAUAAGAGUUUAGAUUAUAUAAAUACUACUGAAACACAAAUCAAUAUGUGCAUAUAAAAUCCCCGUGUCAUUGGAUAUAUGGAGGUUAUGCUGCCAGGAUUUUCAGUAAGCACAGAUGGACAUUACACAGACAAACACAUUACACCAAUCAGAGGAAACUGGUAAGGAAGGACAACAGUAAGCUGUACCUUUUUAUAAAAUAAAACUGUAUCUAUGUGUUUCAGGAUUUUACUUUGAUAAUGUCUGUUUAAAAUUAUUAUACGCUUUGUGGUAUGUUAUCUGGGUUGUUUGUACUUAUGUGUCAUUUUGGUUUCUGCUACACGGACUACAGGACUGUUUUUUGAGAAACAUCAUUGUUUAAAUAAAAAAUUAAUGAGG